AUGGCAGUUCGGGAGCUUGAAGUGGAAUGCAUUUACAACGACCAGCAGCAUGUGGUAAAGCUCGUGCAGGACUUAGAGAAAGGUUUGUUUUUGGUCGGCAGCCUACUACCGUUGCUCGCUUUGGAGCAUGACGAGGACCAGUCGCAGAGAGAUUGGCGCAGCCGGUUGCUGCACAAACUAGACAUUUCGGUGAACAAAGAUCCACAGGGCAGAGAGUGGAUUUCGCGCAAUAAGACUUGGGAACUUCUGCAGUCGCUGAAGGUGCAGGACGCAUUUCAGGGCGUUUUUGACACUGACCAAGGAUCGCAAACGAAUGACACAGACCACGAUGAAGACGCGAACACGGGCGAGAAAGAGGUGAGGGAAUACCGCAAUGGUGACAGUAACGGUGACGAAGUGAAUGAAAAUAGUGGUGUUCCUGAUUCUAAAAUUGCUCAAACUGAGGACGACGGCAUUGAUGUCUUCCCAAAGCGAGUGAGGCCAGACCAGCAGCUGGGGUCGCCCCUUAAAAAACUCAAACCUGCAGAAAGCUUCUUACCAGCGCAUUCGAUGAAACACGAUCUCCAAUUUAAUACGCCAUUAACGAUUCAGCCAGCGAAAAAACCGGUUACGAACUUCGCACCCGAAGACCGCGUCAAGCUAGAACAAUUGCUGCAACACAUUCUAUUCCCGGAUAGCCAAGCGGUGCGUUUCGAAACCGCAUUGGCGAAUCUAGGAAUUUCGUACCCUAACAAUCAGUUGAAUCUGGAUAUUUCCAUCGACGAGCAUGGUAACACUCCUUUACACUGGCUGUGCUCCGUUGCAAAUGUCAGGCUCACUAAAGACCUGAUAAAUCAUGGAGCUGACAGAUUUCUUGGUGACAAGACAGGCGAGUCUGCUUUGGUAAAAGCGGUCAAAUCGGUCAAUAACUACGACUCCGGCACGUUCGAAGAGCUGUUAGACUUUUUAUACCCGUGUCUCACUUUGGUGGACGACAUGUCCAGAAGCGUACUUCACCAUAUCGUUAUAACAUCAGGAAUGCCGGGCUGCGCUGCUGCUGCCAAGUAUUAUCUGGAUAUCCUCAUGGGAUGGAUUGUCAAGAAACAAACACGAGAAAUAUCUAGUGACGAUGACCCGAUAAUGUCAGCACUAGAUCUCAAAUGGUUUAUAAAUCAUGUUCUCAAUGCUCGUGAUACUAACGGUGACACAUGUCUUAAUAUUGCCUCAAGACUGGGAAACGUAUCCAUAGUCGAGGCUCUAUUGGACUAUGGUGCAGAUCCUCGGAUUUCAAACAAUUCCGGCUUGAGGCCGGUAGAUUUUGGCGCUGGCGCUACAAAACUGGAGGGCGCACAGACAAAUAAUACCGGGGUCGAUGGGUCGAUAUCAGUGUCAGGCCCUAAUCCUUCUAUGCUCAUAAACAACAUCCAGUCGCUGGUUAAAACAAUCUCCCAGGAUUACGAGAUGGAGAUCAAACAACACAAAGAUCAGCUGUCAAUGCUGCAUAGAGAGCUGGACAACCAACGUCAGAUGCUGACCACCUCACGGGAAAAGCUUGCACACGCCCGUCAUCUCCGCGACGAGCAUACGCAAUUAACGGAACAAAUUUCCAAUAUUCAACAAGCAAUUUUGCAAGAGGAUGCGGACUUCAAAAAGGUCAGCGAAGAGCUAGGAAUUGAUGAUGAGUCUCUAGAAAUGGCCGAGUUCGACGCUGACGAGCCAUUUCGCAUUGACUUCAUCUUCAACUUUUUGGAAAAUAAAUUGCAGAACGACUACUCCGGGAACUUUGAGCAGUUCUUCGAAGACGCGUCCUUAGAUGAUCUUUUAAAACAAUUGAUGCAAGAAAAUUCCGGACAGGAAGAGAGCAUACCACCGGAGGCACUUCUUCGCGCUCGCAUAACCGCUUACGAGAAAAACGAACAUAACCUCAAUGAAUCGCUAAAGUCGGUACGGGAAAAGCAAGCACACUUAGAAGGUCGAUUUAGACGUGUUCUUUCGCUAUGUCUCAAAGUCGAAGGCGACAAGAUAGAUGGGAUGCUGGAUGGUUUACUACGAGCAAUAUCAUCAGAGGACCCAGAGGACAUUGACACGAACGAAAUGCAAAUGUUCUUGAGCAAACACGCCGUGUAA